AUGGAUAAGCUUGCUGGACAGCGAUGGAGAAGUAAGCUCGGAAGACCCAGUAAAGUGCCAACAUUAGGUGAUGUAGAUCCUACAGGCACUUAUUGCCCUGUACCGGAUGAUUGGCUAAAAAAGAAAUAUGUGUCUUUGGCAAAUUCCAUACCAUUUAUUGGGUUUGGAUUCCUGGAUAAUUUCAUCAUGAUUAUUGCUGGUCGAGUUCUCGGUAUCACCCUGGGCUGCUUCCUUGGUAUGACGCCGCUCUUAUUUAAGGAUGAUGAAAAGAAAGGAGAUAGCAAGGACAAG